CUGCACCCUCCUCCUCCACCACCACCCACCAGCCUGCCGCAGUAUAAAGCCUGCUGUCCAUCCUCAGCCUGCACUCGCUCCGGACGACUGCUGCCUGAACCGACGCUGAGGUGACGAGUCGCAGAUGACAAUGACAGACCUGGAGACCUCGAUGGCGACCAUCAUCGCCGUGUUCCAGAAGUAUUCAGAGCGAGAAGGAGACAAACACAAGCUGAAGAAGAGCGAGCUGAAGGAUCUGCUGCACGACGAGCUGCCGGACCUGAUGACGCAUGUGAAAGACCAGGCCACUCUUGACAACCUGAUGGAGAGCCUGGACACCGACGGCGACGCCGAGUGUGACUUCCAGGAGUUCAUGACAUUCAUCUCCGUGGUUACCGUCUGUUGCCACGAGUUCUUCGAGCACGAGGACGAGUAAGGAGGAGGCGAGACGGGGGGAGCUACAGUAAAUUAUAAAGGAGAAGAAGAAGAAGAAGAAGCCUAGCAACGCACAACCUGUUGGCACCUUCCGAGCAGUGCAUUGUGGGAAAAUACAACAGCUGCAGCCACUCCAACAGUUCAGUCCAGUAGUUACGUUAGCACCAAUCAGAUCUGAAUCUAAACUCCUCUGUUUGAUCAGUAUUUUCUGUUAUAUUUUAAUAAAACACGUCUUGUUUUCUCUUCGCAGAAAGAUUCAGUGACCUUCACUCUCACGUUAAACGUAGCUGCUGCCAUCUCGUGACAUGAUACAGUUUCGCUCAGACAUUCGCAAGAAAACACCCCAGAGAUCGAAACAGGAUCAUAAUAAUAAUACUUCAGAUUAAUAAUCUAGAAAAACAAAGUGGCUUUUAUUUGACUUCUGGCUUCCUACCAACUUCUUCGAGUCACCUGUGUUUGAUAAAUCUUGUUGACCAUCAAAUAUUGAACGUGUCUCGUAAGUUGACCAUCGUUUAAUAAAAAACAGACAUUAGCUCGGCUGAAGUUUUCAAAACUUCAGAGAUUUCAAUGUCGACCAGUUGACUCAAAAAAAAAACACAAUCCUGGAAAUCAAAAAACAUAAAACAGUUUACUAGAUAUUGAGUUUGGCUGCCAAGUAAAAAUAAAAGUAGGCAAUCAUUUAUCUAAGAAUGAAUUAACAGCCACUAAAGUUGUACUUUUUUGAAACUGUUGUUAAUAUUUCAGUAGCCACGUGUUAUUUUAGAGGCACCUUGGUUGAAAAAUAUUGAAAGUGCCUCAAAGUUUCUCUGUCCUCAUUUACAAAAUAUUUUAUUGGCUCAGAAAAGUUUCAAAACGCUUGAGUUUUACUUAAUCUAGAAUCAAGAAGCUACUUUGGUCGUGAAAAUUUAGUCGACUGUGUGAAAAUGGAAAUGACGUGUAGUUGAUAAUCAUUUAUUAAACAUUUUGUCUAGUAAAAAUCUCGAUGGCUUGUUGAGCUUCAGCUAAUCUAGAAAACACUUUGAUGUGACAAUUUAGGAGUUGACCAACUUUUCAGACAACAUUUUUAUUAAAAAUCUAGUUGACGAUCAAAUUCUGAAAGUGACUUGUAAGUUGGUCGUCGUUUAAACAAACAUUUGAUCGGCUGGAAAAAAGUUUAAAAAUGACUCGUGAGUUUAACAUGAACUAGAAGCCACUCUGGAGGCAACAGUUGAGGAGCUGGAAACAAAAUUUAACGAUCAAUCAAAUGUUGAACGUCACUCGAAAGUUGGUCGUCGCUUAAACAAACAUUUGAUUGGCUGGUAAAAUGUUCCAAGCUAGCAGCCACUUAGCUUAGCAUAAACCUAGCUUACGAUAACAUAGUUUUCACGUUUGUUGUUGUUUUUGUCGCCAGCUGAUUAAAACAUAUAAUGACGUCGUAACACUGGGCUCGUUAAUUAAAGUGGCUGACGAGUUGUUUAGCCGGUUUCUUGUUUAGAAACUUCCCAGUGAGCUCGUUGGAUAGAAGUAAUCUUCAGUUAUCUGCUGUCUUCUCUAGCUGGCUCCUAAAAAUAAUCGUAUUAGGAUUUAGUGGCUGAUCAGAUUCAAGCUGCUAGAAUAAAAUCGUUAUUUCAUUAUGUGUAACGAAGAAAACACACGAUAGGUUUGAGUCAGUUGGAGCUCUGAGGUUUGUUGGAUGACGUGUAUUGUGAAAUGUGGAGCACUGGUUCGUUUGGAUGUCGAUGAUACGAAACAAAUUAAAUUAUCAAUGUGUGAA